UUCCGACAGGCUUCAAAGUUCAAUCCCGUAAUCUUAUCUCACAACAUUUUUAUUCUUUAUUUCAACUGUUACUACACCUCGAGCACUCUGCUUUCUUCGUGUUUCCACAAAAGGGCAAUUAUUUUCCUGCUUUGGAUUGCAGCCUCAGAUUCUGCACAAAAAUCGAUUUGACUUCGGGGAUAAAAGGCAAAGCAGAGAUAAUUAUUAACUGUUGUAGCUAUUCAUUGUUUCCCCCCUUUUCUUGAUUUUUUUGGGGGUGUAGUUGAUAUUUUGAUAUCAUUCUAAGCUCGUGUGGGAGUGGUAUGUGGUGCUGUUUUCUUGAUGUGAGUUAAAGAUGGUAGCUAUAUUGGUAUUAGGUGAAUUCAAUUUGGGAUGCUUUUGGUGAAAUUCGUCUAUAUUUACGAUUUGGGUGUUUGCUUUUAAGUUGAACAUGAUUGGAAGAUCUUAGGGGAAUUACAUGUGUUGAUUUCCUUCCGUUGUUGGUUGGUCGAUUUGGUGAUUUAACUUAGAUUUUCAUAUCAUAACUUGUUAGUUUAAACGUUUGUAUGACUUCUUCUUACUUACCCUUUUGUGGAUUGUGUGUUGCUUACUGCUUUUCGACUAACACUGCAGCUCUACCAUAGGCUUGUUAAGUUGUUACUCCCUCCUUCCCAAGGAAGAUGACCUCUUCCUUGGGCGGGAUAGGAUUUUAUGUGGAUUUAUUUUGUGAGGUAAGUGUAGAGAAUAAAGUAAGAGAGAGUGAAUAAAGUAGCGAUAAAGGUGUUUCUUUUUUUGAGUAAUGAGUCAUCUUGGUUGGGACAAACCAAAAGGAAAUAGGGUCAUCUUUGGUGGGAGGGAGGGAGUAUAUUCUUUCUCGUUUCCGAACACAUGCUUUCUUGAGCUCUGGCUUUGUCCUCUCUUCUUUGAGAUCCACCAGCAUUUGUCAUUGAUUUUUUUCAUAUAGUUUCUUUCUUGGAAAGUGGGAAGAAUGGUUUGCUGAUCUUAUGUCUUGCUUAUACGGGUUUGGUUGUUUUGAACCCUACUCAUGGACUCCCCUCAAUCGGUUGUUUCAUCGCUCAAGAGCUCCUUCCCGGAGUCUGAGAAACAGCAUACGUCAGACAAGUCAAGCCACUUCUCAAGGGAAAUCAAUUUUCAGAAGAAGGGAAGUGGAGUGGGUAACUUGGAGGAGUUCGUAGGUGCUUUGGAGGUCUACAUACACCAAGCUAGGCAUAUCCACAACAUUUGCAUCUAUCAGAAACAAGAUGUUUAUGCUAAACUUUGUCUUACUAGUGAUCCUGAGAAGACGGUUUCUACCAAGAUCAUCAAUGGUGGUGGGGCAAACCCGAUUUUCAAUGAGAAUCUCAGUCUCAAUGUUCGCAAAGUUGAUUCCUCCCUUAAAUGUGAGAUAUGGAUGUUAAGCAGGGUGAGGAAUUAUCUUGAAGAUCAGCUUCUUGGGUUUGCUUUGAUGCCUAUAUCUGAAGUCUUCCUCAACAAUGGUAAGUUGGAAAAGGAGUUCUCUCUUUCCUCAACUGAUCUCUUCCACUCGCCCGCAGGAUUCGUUCAGUUGUCCGUCACUUAUAUUGGAGUGCAACCUGAAGUCAUUCCAAUCCCGGCACCACCCACAUUGGUGGAGACUGAUUCAAUGACCAAGGACACCGAAUCUACCAAGUCUGUUCCCGAUGAUAUGGAUAAGAUCGAGUUCCCCGACCCAAAUGUUGCAAAUGAGAAUCACCAGAUGGUCGAAGAAUAUUUUGGGAUGUCAUGUAGCAAUGUGGACUCACCAAGUUCAGAUAGCCUGGUCAGUUCCGAUACUGAGAAUCAGGUGAGCUCGGAGAUUGAGGUUCAGCAUGGAGAAGGUUUCUCGAUGCUAACUGUAAGUUCUAGACCAACCCCAAAGGUUGAUUCUCCUCCGAGCAGUGCAUCAACGGAUGGAGGUUCCUCUGCAUCAGCUCCCGUUAGUUUUCAGUCCUCUGAGACUCUAAAAGAUUCAAAAUCUCCUGGUGAGGAACUCGUUUCACUUCCUAAAGACAAAUCCAUGGAAAAAAUUGCCUACGGAGUUGAUGUGGACAGUGGGGUGUCAAGUGAUACAUCAAUGCCCGUUAUCACAGUGCCAGAGCCGAAGGUGGUUCAGCAGGACAUAGUGGAUAUGUACAUGAAGAGCAUGCAGCAAUUUACUGAAUCUUUAGCUAAAAUGAAGCUUCCCAUGGACUUUGAAAACGGGCCGACCAGCUCAGAUAAUUCAACGAGUUCUGAGCAGAAGACGAAGAACUCGGGCUCUCGAGUAUUUUAUGGAAGUAGUGCAUUCUUCUGAGCAAUUGUUGAGGUUCCCAGGAUACACAGGUGACUUUAGUGACUAAAAAGGAGACUGAUGCUAGUAGUGGCAUUUAAAUGUAAUGUAACUUGGUAUUGUACUUUAUCUGGCUAUGUUUUAGAUGAUAAAAAAAGAUUCUGACUUGUA